UGCGCUUUGUGAUUGGUCCGGCGGCUUCUGGGAUCUGUCAUGUGUCCCAGGUACCGCCUUACCAUUCACAAAAAGCACCGCUUCUUGCGCAUGCGCACUUGGCACCCGGCUGUCAAGCCCAGCGCCCACACUACACAGAAGCCGGGAAGACAGCGCGCCGCUGGAUAGAGGAACAGGUAAGGUCCCACUGCAGAGCUGAGCGGCCGGCCCGGUAUUCUGACACGGCGGCGGUGGAAAUACCGGACAGGCCGCUCCAUA